CGGCAAAUGCAUGGGCGCCCAAGUAAAGAAAGAAGAAAAAAAAAACACAAACAAAAAACGAGAGAGAGAGAGAGAGAGAGAGAGAGAGAGAGAGAGAGUGAGAGAGAGAGAGAGAGAGAGAGAGAGAGAGAGAGAGAGAGAGAGAGCAAGAAAGAGAGAGAGAGAGAGAGAGAGAGAGAGAGAGAGAGAGAGAGAGAGAGAGAGAGAGAGAGAGAGAGAGAGAGAGAGAGAGAGAGAGAGAGAGAUAGAGAGAGAGAGAGAGAGCAAGAAAGAGAGAGAGAGAGAGAGAGAGAGAGAGAGAGAGAGAGAGAGAGAGAGAGAGAGAGAGAGAGAGAGAAAGUGAGAGAGAAAGGGUGAAGUUGGACUUCCUGCCUGCGUC